ACUCGGAGUUCUUUGAUCAUACAUACCAAAUAAGAGAACGGAGCAAGGGGAAUACGAAUAUAACUGAAGCGAUUUGGAUCUGAACCCUAAGAAUAACAGCCUUAAUCAUGGGAAAUGGUGAAAGAGGAAGACCCAGUAAGAAGAUGAAAUUCGGCGGCAAGGAUGAUCAAAAGAUGAUGAACUCGGAAAAUGAGGAUUACUACUUUGGUGAUGACGCCGAUGAGGAUUCUCGAGAUGGUGAUGGGGAGGUGAAGAAGAUGGAUUUUAGCAAACUAGAACUGAAGCCUGAUCAUGAAAACAGGCCCUUGUGGGCAUGUGCAGAUGGGAGAAUCUUCCUCGAGACAUUCUCUCCUCUUUACAAACAAGCCUAUGAUUUUCUCAUCGCCAUAGCCGAACCUGUUUGCAGGCCGGAGGCUAUGCAUGAGUAUAAUUUGACUCCUCACUCUUUGUAUGCAGCUGUGUCGGUUGGUCUUGAGACAGAAACUAUAAUUUCUGUUUUGAACAAGCUGUCUAAAACUAAGCUCCCGAACGAGAUGAUUGACUUCAUACAUGCUUCCACUGCCAACUACGGCAAAGUGAAGCUUGUAUUGAAGAAGAAUAGAUAUUUAAUUGAAUCACCAUUUCCAGAGGUAUUGAAAACGCUUCUCAGGGAUGAUGUUAUUGGCCGAGCUAGGAUUUCCCCUGAGUCUUCUCAUGGAGGAGAUGGUUUCACAAUCAGUAAAACAGCUGGUGAACUUGAAGCUGGUCCUGGGGGGUUGCUAAAUGAAGCUGAAUUGGCUGCUGCGGCAGAAGAGAAAGAAACUCACUCUUUUGAAAUUGACCCUUCUCAGGUGGAGAACGUGAAACAGCGCUGCUUGCCCAAUGCCUUAAACUACCCUAUGUUAGAGGAAUACGACUUCAGGAACGACAAUGUUAAUCCUGAUCUCGACAUGGAACUUAAGCCUCAUGCGCAACCGAGGCCUUAUCAGGAGAAGAGUCUGAGUAAAAUGUUUGGGAAUGGAAGAGCAAGGUCCGGGAUUAUAGUUUUGCCUUGUGGUGCUGGUAAAUCUCUCGUGGGAGUUUCAGCAGCUGCUCGUAUAAAGAAGAGUUGUCUUUGUUUGGCAACGAACGCUGUCUCAGUUGAUCAGUGGGCCUUCCAGUUCAAGUUAUGGUCAACCAUAAGAGAUGAUCAAAUUUGCCGUUUCACUUCAGACAGUAAAGAACGGUUCCGUGGCAAUGCUGGUGUUGUUGUCACAACCUACAAUAUGGUUGCUUUUGGUGGCAAACGGUCAGAGGAGUCGGAGAAAAUAAUAGAAGAAAUUAGAAACAGAGAGUGGGGAUUGCUGCUUAUGGAUGAGGUGCAUGUUGUUCCGGCUCAUAUGUUCAGGAAAGUCAUCAGUCUUACGAAAUCUCACUGCAAAUUGGGACUUACAGCUACUCUUGUGAGAGAAGACGAAAGAAUUACGGAUCUUAACUUUCUUAUUGGCCCGAAACUGUAUGAAGCUAACUGGCUUGAUCUAGUGAAAGGAGGGUUUAUAGCAAAUGUGCAGUGUGCUGAGGUAUGGUGUCCUAUGACCAAGGAAUUUUUCGCUGAAUAUCUGAAGAAGGAGAACUCCAAGAAAAAACAGGCACUUUAUGUAAUGAACCCUAACAAAUUCAGAGCUUGUGAGUUCCUCAUACGCUUCCAUGAACAACAGCGUGGGGACAAGAUUAUUGUUUUUGCAGACAAUCUCUUUGCGCUGACGGAGUAUGCGAUGAAACUCCGGAAGCCCAUGAUCUAUGGUGCCACCAGCCAUAUUGAACGAACCAAAAUUCUCGAGGCGUUUAAGACCAGUAAGGACGUAAACACGAUCUUCCUGUCAAAGGUGGGUGACAACUCUAUAGAUAUUCCAGAAGCAAAUGUUAUUAUUCAGAUUUCAUCACAUGCUGGGUCAAGACGUCAAGAAGCUCAGCGUUUGGGUCGUAUUCUUAGGGCUAAGGGUAAGAUUGAAGAUAGGAUGGCAGGUGGAAAAGAAGAGUACAACGCUUUCUUCUACUCGCUUGUUUCUACAGACACACAGGAAAUGUACUAUUCGACAAAAAGACAACAAUUCCUGAUUGAUCAAGGUUAUAGCUUCAAGGUUAUAACUAGUCUUCCACCGAAUGAUGCCGGUUCAAGUCUAAGCUUCCACAGCCAAGAAGAGCAGUUGGCCCUUCUCGCUAAGGUUCUGAACGCUGGGGACGAUGCGGUCGGGUUAGAACUGCUGGAAGAAGAUACAGACGGAAUGGCUCUGCAGAAAGCGAGAAGAACGAUGGGAACGAUGAGUGCGAUGUCGGGAGCAAAGGGAAUGGUUUAUAUGGAAUACAACUCUGGAAGACACAAAUCUGGCAGCCAUCUGAUGAAGAAGAAACCCAAAGACCCUUCCAAGCGUCACCAUUUGUUCAAGAAGCGCUACGUCUGAUCUGAAGAGACCGUACCAUUUCUGAGGGGGGAAAAAACAGUUGUUUUGUCCUGAAGAAACAUCAUGAUCACCAUCAUCAUCGCGAUCACCGUCACCGUCACCGUCUCCAAAAACAUAUCUCCGGUGUAGUUUUCCGGUGCUUCUUUAUGGUGUGAGAAUGGUUUGUAGUGUUAAAGAACUCUAUAGAGCUAUGUAUUCUGAUGCAUAUAUGAACCCAUGAUAAAAUUGAUGUUGGGGCCUUUUCCUCCAACCCUGGAAAA